AUGAAGAUUCUGACGGUUCAAGAGGAGCGAAUCAAACUGCAGAUUUGGGAUACGGCAGGCCAGGAGAGAUUUAGAAAUAUUACCCCUGUUUAUUUCAGGAAUUCUAACGGCAUCGUUCUUGUAUUUGACGUGUCCAAUAUUGACUCAUUUGAAAAUGUAACGUAUUGGUUAGCCUGUCUUGAGAACCAUGGCACGUCCCAGAAGCCGAAAGCUCUAGUUGGCAACAAAAUCGACUUGACCAAACGCAAGGUCUCCAGAAAACGAGCUGAGGCGUUGGCUGUCAAGCACAACAUUCCCUACUACGAGACUUCUGCCUUGAACAACGUGGGUAUCGAUGAGGUGUUUGAGUAA